ACUAAUUGCGCAAAAACAAAAUAAUAAUAAACAACAUUAAUCUGAUAAUGCUGAUCGCAGAUUGUUUAAUCAAAUUCUUUAUCUUAUGAUGGAUGUGGAUUGGCUCGAUAAUGACGAUGAGCUGGCGGCGGCAUUGGCGGUUCAUGAGCAGCAGGAGACCGAGGAAAGCGGUUCUGGGACCAGAAUGUCCCCUCCUGGAGUUGCAGACGAUGCCUGCGAGGGCUUCGACAUGUCUGCUGGCCACAACUGGAUCUACCCAACCAACAUGCCCCUGAGAUCCUACCAGCAGACGAUCGUUCAGUCGGCCCUAUACAAGAACACCCUGGUGGUGCUGCCCACAGGCUUGGGCAAGACCUUCAUUGCGGCUGUGGUCAUGUACAACUUUUACCGAUGGUAUCCUCAGGGAAAAAUUGUCUUCAUGGCUCCCACCCGGCCCCUGGUGGCCCAGCAGAUCAACGCCUCCCAAAAAAUAAUGCCAUUUGUCGCGGCUGACACUGUGCAGCUGACUGGACAACUGGCUCGCCCCAAACGGGCUCACUUAUGGGCCACGAAGCGAGUCUUCUUCGUCACACCUCAAGUGGUUCACUCGGACAUGCUGGAAGCAGAAGGAGGAGCGACGUUUCCUUUUGCCUCCGUCAAGCUGAUUGUGGUGGAUGAGGCACAUCGGGCGAAAGGUCGUUAUGCCUACACGCAAGUAGCAGACAGCAUGAUGGCCCACAACCGCAACUUCCGGAUGCUGGCCCUGUCAGCAACUCCGGGCAGAAACAUGGAGGACGUGGCCACCGUUUGCCAGAACCUUUUCAUCUCUAAUCUGCAGGUACGCUGGGAUACGUCGAUCGAUGUUCAGCCGUACAUACACCGUCGCACUAUUCGCACCAUAGUUGUUUCUAUUAAGGAUCGAAUAAAGGAACCCCGGGAACAAUUGCUGCAGAUCAUAGAGCCGUAUCUGAGGCAGCUCAUUGAGGCGGAUAUUAUCAAGGGGAACAAGGGAAGCAUAAGCAAGAACAGCUUGUUGUACGAGCAGAAAUCGUUUCUUGAUCGAUCGAUCCAAGGCAGACACCCCGAGCACAACAUCAUUAUGGGGAACUUUUCCAUGUGCAUCAGUCUCUACCACUCUCUGGAGCUGAUGGAACGCCACGGACUGCGGGUCUUUGUCAACAAUUUUGAUGCGGACGAGGACGGCAGGGAAAAGUUUGUCCUUGCGAGGGAUCGUCAACUGAGGGACUUGGUGGAGCAGGUGCGGCAGGAACUGGGAGCGAACCCAUUGAACUACACCACAAGUGCCAUGACAAACGGCGAGGUGCCCCCUCUGCCGGCUGAUCUUGAUUUCGGCCACGCCAAGUACGAAAAGUUGAGACAGGUUCUCCUCCAGCACUUUGAAUCACAUUCUGAUUCCCGAGCCAUUGUGUUCUGUGAGUAUCGUGAGUCCGUGAUGCUGAUUCAACGCCUACUGCUACAGCACAGACCUCUCCUGCGACCGCGCUGCUUCGUUGGCCAGGGCGCCACCGUGGGAGCAAGCUAUGCCCUCACCCAAAAGCAGCAGCUCCAGAUCAUGGCCGAUUUCCGAUCCGGCACUAGUAACGUCCUAGUUGCUACCUCGAUCGGGGAAGAGGGCAUCGACGUGGGUGAGGUCGAGUUGAUUGUGUGCUUUGACAUCUGCAGUUCCAAUCCCACUCGAUUUGUGCAAAGGAUUGGGCGGACGGGAAGGAAAAAGAAUGGAGAAGUCGUGAUGCUGGUAACCGAGGGUCGGGAGCAGCAGAUUCUCAAGGACGUGCUUGCCCACAAGGAUCAGAUUAACAGGAACAUCCUCAACUCAUCUGCCGUUCAGUUGUCUCUGUACCAACACAAUCCCCGCAUGGUGCCACCACAAUUCAGCCCCAAGUGCGAGGAGAAACACAUGGAGGCGGCGCCUGAGGAAAAACCAAAACCCACGGCCAAGAAAAAGGAGCCCAAGAAGCGAAAGGAACCGCCAGUGAAGUCGGAUAGCCUGCGAAAAUACUUUAAAGAGACUCCUCCCUCGGAAAGUCAGCACGGUAUACUGCAGGGUAUGCCAGCCUAUACCAUGAGCGAAGCUUCCCAAGCAAUGUUGAAGGAGCAGGUGUCUCGGCGGAGUAUUACCCUCAAGAACUUCUUCGUGGAAACCCAGGCCACAACCAGCUCCAGCAGUAGUCAAGAGGAAGUGCAGCGCCUCCGAAAGCUCAACCGUCUCCUGCAGUCGAAUAAGCCGAUUAUCUCGGAAUCCCCAGAUCUAAUUAGCCAUUUACGCGAUGAGCAUCUGCCUCAACCGUUGAAACUAUACAUGUUACAGAGUAAUCCUUACUUUGUGAAGGACAUCCACACAAAGAUGCAGCUUCAGAGCCAGCUCAACAUAGCGGAGAAUCGCUUGAAUAGCAGACAACAGCGCACCAGGAAUAACUACAAAUUAAUUCUAGAUAUAUGCAAUGGUCCUGAGAAGAUGGAAGAACUAAUGAAAGCUGACGAGUCAGUUGGUGAAAUCACUCUCAGAGACUUGGAGGAUCCCUUGGACGCCAGGAGGGAGAGGCGGUUCAUGGCCACGUGUGAUAAAAUAUUUGCUGGCUUGGAGGAGCAAGGCCUGAAUUCGGACAACUUUGAACUGAAACAGCAGCUUCUGGAAAAGCUGGAGAUGCGGAAUCUAGAAGCUACGGUAAAUGAGCAACUUGGCGGCGUGGAAACCAGCUGGGAGGAGGAGGAAAUAGAAGAUCCCAUUGAGGAGCAAUGUGAUUCCAUGUACCUGAGUCAGAGGACUGAGCUUGAACCCUUCGAGCCGAUACAUCACAGUUCUACGCCUAUAAGAGUCAAGCCUCUGAGUAAACUGAUGUUCGAGCCUCCUCCGAAGGAGGAUGCCACGAAUCUGGAAGACAACCUAUCCCGCUUAAAUAGCUUGAUGAGCAAUUCGAUUUUGAACUCUGAGUCCUUUGGAAGACCAAGUCCAGACCCGCCUCCCAUUACGGAAAGUGUUAUAUACCCCACCAGUCAAGGAGGAGGCCCUGUAAAAUCCGAACCCUGUCCAGAGCUGGAAAAUGUAGAGUCCACUCCUGAAGACUUGGAACUAGAACCGAUCCCAGAAGAAGAAGACUUAACAAGCCAGAAGAAGCUCGACAAGUGCAAAGAAGAAUUAGUUUCACUUCUGGAGGACAUGGAUAUUUUUCUGGAGCCCAUGGAAGAGGAAAUGGCGCUAACAAGCCAGCAACAGAAAAGCGAUUCCAACAAUCAGAAAACUGAAUCAACAUGUUUGGAAAACCAAGAGAAAGUCAAGGUAGAAGACACUCUGGAUAUUUUUGAUGAACCCAUGGAGGAGGAAGUCGCCUUAAUGAGCCAGCAAAAGAAUAGCGAUGGCAACGACCAGAAAACUGAAUCAAAUGUUAAUCAAAAUCAAGAGAAAGUCAAGGAAGAAGAUUUAUUUCUUGAGGAUCUCGAUGGUUUUUCGGAGCCCAUGGCUGAGGAAGUGGAAUUGAUGAGUCAACAGGGCAAGAAUGGUAUCAAGGGACAUCCAGAGGAUUUAAAACCGAAAAAAGAAAUAUGUAACAAUGAUUUGGAUUUAAAUCUGGAAGAUUUCGAUGAUUUUCUAGAACCCAUGGCCGAGGAAGUCGCGUUAAUGAGCCAAAAGAAAGAAAAGAAUAUUGUGGAAUCACUGCCAAAGCCACUGGAACUCAACAGUCCACCGAAAAGGGAACUGGUUUCACCGACAAUAGAAUCUAAAGAAAAUAAUCCCCACUCUGCUCCCUGUGGCUCACCUAAUAUUUUCGACUGCGAUUCCUUGUCGCCUUGGAAGCCGCAAGGCAAAACUCUGGCCGCCAAAUUGGCUGCCAAAGCUUCAUCAAAGCCUCCAUGUAUUCCAUCAACCUCCAAGAACUGCCAAUCUCCCGAAAACCGUAAACCCACGAACCCAUUAGGCCAGGAGAAAUCGCCGAGUAUAUUCGAUCUGUAUCUGAAGCGGAUGCGGGGUCAGGGACGUCUAGCCAAAGCAGCUGCCUCUCUACAUCGGAUGACUUCUACAAACACACCCACGACUCUCAAAAAUGUGCAUGAAGAGGACUCCCCUGUGAUACGACGUCCAUCAAAAAGGAAGAUAAUCAUAAGCUCGGAUGAGGAGGAUGAAAAGCCCAUGUCUCAAGUACCAAGCACGCAGGCUGACUGUGAUUUCGAUGAUGUCCAGCAAAUUCCUGAUACCCAAAUGCUGGAUACACCAUCGCCGCCAUUACACGCUCGAAAGAAACGGAGAUAUUUUAACUCAUUUAUUGCCGACGAGGCCGAAAAAAGUGGAUCGGAUCAUGAUGAGGAAGCCGAGACCACUAUUGGCACUUACCUGAAGGAUUCUGUGAUAGUUUCAAGCGAUGAAGAUGAUCAUAACGACACUAAUAUGCAUGCCAUUUACCUCCAGGCAGCAAGGAGCCCAAUACAACGACCCGGUGCCUUUAAAAUGCCAGCUCCUAGGGCUUAUCACAAUGACUCCCAAAUAUUCUCCCAACCAGUGGAAGAUGACACAUCCCAGUACCUGGCCGGUUCGUUCAUCGUUGACGAUGACACCUCGACAACAGAAAGGGGACUUGAUGUUUCCGAAUGUCCAUUAGAGAAAGCCGAAAGAAUUUUAAAGGAAAGGCGAAGGCAACGGAGAUUGGGAAUACUACCGCCAGACCCUCCUCCUAACAAGCGCCGUCGAGUCCAAACGCUCAGCACUUCCAGUGACGAAGACGAUGUGAUUUUCGUAAAGUAGAAGAAUUGCCUGUGCCAUUGACAGUUGAACCGCAUUAGCCAUUAAAAAAUUGUGAUUAUGUUAUUAAUUAUCCUAAUCUGUACAAAGGUAGCUACGAAAAUCACCUUCAUAACCCUUAAGUCCUAUUUGUAAGAGGUUUAUAUUUAAUUUUAAAUAGUUUUUGUAUACAUUUCU